AUGAAAAGUGAGAUUCGCAGUGAAUCGGACGGAGAGUCAGAAGUCGAGGGAAAGGUCACGACAUGCCAAAGACACGAUUGCGAUGUCAAACGAGUUAAUUAUGACGAUUUUUUCGGAAAAGGCAAAUAUUUCUGCUGUCGAAAUUGCGCCGUUGAGUACAGUGUCCUCGCGUCAACGGAGCAAUUUAUGAAGAACAGCGCUGACCAAGACAGGGCUGAUCUUGAGGACAGAUCUACGCUCCGCUUCAACGGCAAGAGUACUGUUAUCGCCAAGUCUUUUCAAGGGAAGAAGAGAGACAAGAGGGAAUCGCUCUUUUUGUGGAGUCGUUAUUUGGCGCAAACAAAAUCGCGGGCGGCUCCAGUCUGUGCCUUUCCGCACGCCAUCCUCAGCGACGAUUGGGAUCUGAUUCAACCUGGGAUGAAGGUCGAAACGUACAAUCUUGACUCACACAGUCCCUCCAAGCUCUUUUGGUUUGCGGAAGUCAUUCGUAUUGAAGGAUACAAAGCGCUGUUGCGGUAUUUGGGUAUGGAGAAAAAUCUAAUGGACUUCUGGGUGUCACUAUGCUCAACUGAUGUGCAUCCAGUCGGCUGGGCUGCUCGACAGGAGCUAACAAUCUCACCGCCCAAAUGCAUCGAAAAAACACAGCGCGACUGGAAGAGAUACAUCAUCGAAAAUCUCCAAGGAAGACCCACAUAUCCCCGUGAUUUCCAGAACACCACCGAUGAGGAAUUGAAAAUCGAAGGCCUUAAUAAAGGCAUGUUCUUAGAAAUCGUCGAUCCAACUUGCAUCAGGAAGACAAGAGUUGCCUUCAUUGAAAAACUAACUGGUGGUGGUCGAAUUUCCCUCAAAUUUUUUGAUGGCCAAGACGAUGAAAUUUUUGCCUGUCACAUCAAAUCGCCCGUGUGCCACCCUCUCGGCUGGAGCCAAGAAGUAGGCCACGAUCGGAGAGACAUUCCAGAUGAUCUGUAUGAAGACUUGAAGAAUAACUGCAUCCCCGCCGAGCUUUUCAAUCAGGACGCUGAGCAAACGACUUUCGUACCUCAAUUCGAGGAAGGGAUGAAAGUUGAAGCCGUCAACGCCACGCGCGUUAAUUCCAUUUGCACGGCGACGAUUAAAAAGAUACUUGGCAAAGGAUACCUAAUGAUAGGAAUCGACGCAUCAUCGAAUCCUGAAUUUGCGAAUCUCGUUUCUAGCGAUGCGGAUUUCUGCUAUCACUGGACCUCCUCGUGCCUUCAGUACACGGGCUUUGCACGUGACCACAACCUGACCUUGACAAACGCAGCUCUUGAGGAAGUCGAAUGGGAUGACGAGGACUAUAUGCCAGAGAAAAUCGCUGAUCAACUAAAAGAGCGCACAGCUGAGAAGACCAAUCCCUUCAAAGUAGGAUGGAAGCUAGAAGCUGUAGAUCUGAUGGAUCCUAAGCUUAUUUGCCCAUCCACUGUCAAGAAUGUCUGCGCUGGUCUACUCCAAAUCGGAUUCGACGGAUGGACAGAUGAGUAUGAUCAAUUCAUCCCUUGGCGUUCUCCAGACAUCUACCCAGCCGGUUGGUGUGAGCUUGUCAAUCACCAACUUCAAGCGCCAAAAGAGUUCGUUCCAGAUUCCAAGGCCGCGAAAAGACGACGUACUGGAAAAAGCUGA